UAUUACAAGUAAUAGGAAGUAACAGUCAAUUCCCUCAUGGCUAUAAUAGGGCAGCAUCGGACUGAGCUUCACCGGACACCGGCCUCAUUUUCCCGGCAAAUUCCGAAGAUUUCAAUCCCUUUCUUUCAGUUUUUUCCCUUGACAUAAACCCUAAUUUCUGUUGCAAAUGGAGAAAUCCUUCACUCUGCUCCAUACAAUCGCGGCUGCGGGAGCUUUCUCCGCUAUCUCCUUCUGGUACGGCUUCAUGUUUGGAAGAGAAUCAGCUCGCAAGGAGCUUGGGGACUUGAUCGAAGACCUGCGCCGGAGUAGCGGUACCAGUGGAGAUUCCUCUCCUCAUUCGUGAAUGUAGCUUUCUCUCUCUCUCUCUCUCUCGAGGGUAGAAUGUUGUUUGCUACGUUUUUUUAAUGUAAACCAUUGUGGAUUCCUCACUUUGUUAAUGGUUUUCGCAAUUUCAGCUAUAGGUUUUGCCUCGUGAUAUGCAGUGUCCUGAAUCAUCGAGUCAUUACAUAAGUAUUGAGAGCUUGGUUAUAAAAUGUGAUUCAAAUUGCAAUA